AUGAUGCGGGUAGAAUCGAACGGUGAAGGAAAGCUCCGAGCGGCGUGUGACCGAUGCCACGAACUCAAGAAUCGAUGUACACGCACGGGUGGACUAGACAGUCGGUGCGACCGGUGCGAGAGACUCGAUAUAGACUGCGUGUAUAAUACCAGUGCACGGAUGGGUCGUCCGAGAGUUUCUCGGCUGUCUGAUAAAAGCGCCUCGAGUGGUUCCGGCAGCCGCGACAGUCAUGCGAGACGCACUGGUAAACGACGGGCCGUCGAGUGCGAACAACUGCAUCCCGCCAAUCAAGUGCCUGUCGAUCAUGUUGAUACAGCAUUCGGUGUUAUAGCCGGCGAUCAUCUGAACUGGGAUUUACAGCUAUAUUCCUCCGGCUUUGCACAACCCCACAACGAGGACCCAACGGGUGGACAUGCCCAUCAAGCAUGCCAUCAAGCAUGCCAUCAAGCGGAGAGCCUUCGACAUCUAUAUAAAAUAGGAGCUUGCAAUUUCUCCGAUUCUGGACUGGGGAUGUCGGAAAAUUCAGUUCCUGUCAAGACUGGCGGGAAUGAGCUUCUGCGGCUACAAUGUCAUUUGAGCAAUUUGGUGACAGGUGCGAGUGAGUCAACCACAGGACACCAGCCAGUCCUGGAUGAAGUUAUGACAGCAUGCAAAGAUUUACUCGAGAUGCUCUCAGAUCGUCGACUGGACUGCGGAGGGCCAGGGCCAUUCGCCUCCGCUUGGCAUUUCGAAGGGGGUCCUUGUGGCGAUCAAAGAGGUCCGGUAGACCCACCGAGGAUAAACUACAUUGCCGUAUUACAGGUUGCUACAUCCUACGCAUAUGCUCUGCAGCUGCUGGACCUCGCUGCGGAUAAUCUCAAGACCCGAGCAGGGAGCCUGGCUCUCGUGGGCAUAGGCGUCUUCAAUCUCACAUCACAACCAGCAAUGAGCACCUCUGCGGGUGCGUACAUGAUAUCCAACAUGAUUCAAGAACUGCGCUAUGCCAUCAGCCUCCUGAAGCCUGAACACGAAGGGCUUGCAGCUUCUACACGGAGGCUGCCGCCGCAUGCAUCACCCACGAGUGGUUCGCAAGCAGGCACUAUGACGAAUUCGAUACAAGCUGCGGUGGACAUGGUCUCUGAGGUAGAAACAUCUUUACUUGAAAAGUUGUCACGGGUAAUGAAUGAUCCAUAG